GGUCCGUGGAUAUAAUUCCUUUUUGUAAUUGUUGUAUCAUUAGUGAUAUUGAAUUUCCUAAAUAUUCAUAUGCCAAAAGUAUAAUAGAUACAUAUUAUUUGUCUGGAAAGUUUACUGAAGGUUUGCUUUCUUUCGCAUAAUGUUUUUCGUCUCUUCACCGACAUCUCAGUUCACCCCGAAUUCCCUUAGUCAAGAUGGUACCGUCCACGCUGUUUUCCGCACUAGCAGAAGCUUUUUGACUUGAAAUUAACUAACAGGGUUUACCUUUGUCUUUAAAACUGUGCUUCACAAUUGCCUUUUGGCCCUAAAAGGCACAUCCAGAAGCUUUAAAUGUGCUUUGAAAAGAGAAGGCCAUGAAAAUAUGGCUGACAUCUGACAUGGAAGUCAUAUUUUCUGUUUAAUUUAGUUUAUCAGUUCAUGACAAUGUCAACGUUCUUGUGGCAGUCGUAUUUUCUCUGUAAUGUAGUUUUAUCAUUUCGUGACAAUGUCAACAUUAUUUUAGCCUUACAUUUACGUGGGCUGUUUGUACAGUAUCAGCUACAUUGAUGAACUUGUGUGACACCAUCAACACUUAAUGGAAAGCACCGACCCCCAGGUCGCACCUGGGGAUGUUGAAGACGAUGAUGGGAUUACAGGAUCUACCAUGCCGACAAACCAAGCAGAAGCAGAGCUUGAUGACUGGUCUCCUGUUACUAGCUCACAGUUGGAAAGCUCUGUGCAGAAAGUAGCAGCUUCAUCAUCACGUUUGCUAUUCCUCGCAGUUGAAUAUGUAGAAGAGCCGCCAAAUGAAUAUGGCCGUUCAGCAUUCUCUAGUUUUGAGCCAGGUGCACCGUUCUCUCCUCAAGCAUCGUCAUCCUUAUCAGAGUUUGAGCAUCGUGUGAGUCCUCUGGAUCCCAAUCUGAGUUCUGCUGCCAGGUACUCACCAGUGUAUGCCAUAACAGGUACAAGUACAGGUGCCUUGGCUGUGAUCACAGGCGAGGCUUCAUCUGCUGGAGGAACAAGCACUUCAUCUAAUCCGAGCUCACCAUUUCCCACUAGCCAAGUUGUGAGUCCUAUUAUCAAUUCUUCUCCAGCUAAUGCACUUCCGUCUUCUCCAUCAUCUGGAAACCCUUACAUAGACACUACACAAGGACAUGCCACAACUGUUGCCCACAGUUAUGUGAAUCCUAGCUCACCUCUUCAGAUACUCUCUGACAAUCCUACAUCAACAGAAGAAGGGCUUCUGAGGCAGGUGGUGACUGGAUCAACAUACUUUAGAACCACUGCUGCAUCUUCAACCUCAGGUAGCAUCUUGGGGCCCACACCUCCACAUUCUCCACUGCAGGCACCUCUGACACCUACAGAGAGCUAUGUUGUGUCAUCAUCAACCGGCCCCCUGGCGGACACCGUUCCGGCAACAUCAAGUGAUUACCAUGGCAAUGGUGAAGUGACGGUUGCAGUGGCAGUGACAACUUCUCCUGGAAGAGUUGACUCCAGCAGUGAACUGAUGAUCCAACAGGAGGCUGUACAGUUGGUUGGUGGAGCAGCAGAUGGUGGUGAGCAGUAUCAUCGUAUGAGUGGCAGGCUGAAAACAGAGGGUGGCAGCGUGCAGCUGCUGAUCAGCAGCAGUGACGGAUCCAGCAUCACUUACAGUUUGGAUCCAGGCCAGACAGGCUAUGUUGAGCAGUUGGACACUGUGCUUGAUACCUUCAAGUCUCAAGGACUGGUGAUUGAGGAAGGGGAGGAAGGAGAUUUGAGAGUAAGUCAGCAUUCAGUUACUCAAGAUGUUACUGCACUGCCCUUAGAUGUUUCGUUAAAUGUUACAACUGAGCAGCAGCAGAAUCUCAUUGAAACUGAACUGUUGGAUUCCCAAGUGAAUGGAGGCAUUGGGACUCAAGUCCGUGAAUUAGAACAUCCCUUGUUGGGUGAAGAUGUGGACAUGAACCUUGGGGUCUCAGCAUCUGGACUGAAGACUGCUGGCCCAGAAAACUAUGCCAAUAUAUUGCUGAACGGACAUGAUGAGACAAUAGCAAAGAACAGUAGCAAUACAUUGCCUAGAAGAUCAAAACGUCACCAGAUUCAAGUGCACAAUUCACAACAGCAAACAAAUGCAGAUUGCAAGGAUGAUACAAAGAGUUUCUCUGAGGACAUUUGGAUCACUGGUGAUAUAAUAAAACGGUGUGAAGAAUGCUGCAGUUCUUAUGAGCAUGGCUGCCCUCAGCAUCGAGUACAGUCCAUCUGUGACAAACCUGUCCCUUCAAGAGCAUGGGCCACUUUACCAGCCUCCUACUUGGCAAUUAACCGAGUUGGAACUUCAUCUGAUGGAUCACCAGUGCAUGGGGUAUUUGCUCGGAAAACAAUUCCAAAGCGGACCCAGUUUGGGCCCAUUGAGGGUGUACUGGUGAAGGCGGAUGACCCACACAUGAUUGUGGCUGAGGGAGAAGAACCGCAGCUAGAGUUGCUGGUUGAAUCAGAAACUGGAGCCAUGCUGAAGCUUGACACAGGAUGUGAAAAUUCAUCAAAUUGGAUGCGGUUUGUACGAGCAGCAGAAAACUUCAAAGAUCAGAACCUGAUACUUAGUCAGCAGGGUCAUUGUUUGUAUUUCACGUCCACACGAGUAAUCCACCCUCGUCAAGAACUCCAAGUGUGGUAUAGCUUUCCAUAUGCCAAUAAACGAGGAUUACCCCUGCUUCAACCUGAUGUAGAAAAAAGAGCUGUUGAAGAGGUGGAACAUAUGUGGCCGUGCUUUGAAUGUAAUGGAAAGUUUGCCAGUUCAGAAGAGCUGCAGAAACAUUUAAAUAUCCAUGAUAAUGAACGGGAUGAAGAUGGUGAUUCACUGAAAUCGAAAUCUAAGAAAUCUGGACGAACUUCACGGCGUAAGGGCCUGUCACAUUUUGCAUCCAAGAAAUUUAAGUCAGACAGUGAUAACCAUAAUGAGUUGUACCCUUACCAGUGUCAUAUUUGUCAUCGAGCAUUUCCACGCAAUUAUAGUUUGAAACGACACCAGCUUCUGCACGCUGGGGACAAGAAGUAUGUGUGUGAAAUCUGUGGAUACGAGUUCUCCCAUGUGCACAACAGAGACAGACAUGUUCGAAAACACCAUAAGAAUCAGGAGGGUGAAAGCAACGGGGUUCAUGCUUCUAAUGCAUGUAUGAAGAAGAAACCACCAGGACCCAGUAAAGAAUGGUUAUGUUCACACUGCAGUCUGACUUUCACCAGUGCUUCAGUACUUAAUCUUCAUACACUAGCCCACGCAGCAGACAACUUAGAAGAAGCAGAGACUAUUACAGGACUUCCGUCUGAUUUCCAUUCAGUCUACCAUGCCGGGGAAUUCCUUGUGCAAAAUGGAGAUGUGCAGUGUCCACAAUGUACUCAGGAAUUUCCCAGUAAAAAAGAAUUGAUUGAACAUGUGACAGCUCAUGGUAAGCUGACUCAUCCACAACCACGCCCUCGAAUGCGCUCUGUAAACCCUGCGAAGCCAUGGAAGUGUGAGCUCUGUUACAAAAGCUUUGCUACAGAUGAUCGCCUUCAGCGUCAUAUGCUGGUACAUGGGGCUGAGGAAUCCAAACCAUUGCAAUGCGACAUAUGCUAUAAGCGUUUUCUCAAUAAUUCAGCUGUAGCCUGCCAUGUCAAAAUCCACUCAGAAAAGAAGAGCUUUGAAUGUUGCAUCUGCAAGACAGUGUUUGAUCAGUACCUUGCUUUGAAAGAACACAUUCCUAUUCAUGCAGUAAAUGGACGUUUCACUUGUCGGCAGUGCACGAAGGUGUUUGAUGAGUACAGUCUGCUCCGUAAACACAAUCGAGCAUUCCACAGUGACAGGAAGCACAUUUGCUUGCAUUGUUCCAACCUCUUCCCAACGCUCGACAAACUCAGAAUGCAUAUGCUCAGGCAUUCAGAUCAUCGUGAAUUCCUGUGUGCCAAUUGCGGGAAACAGUUUAAACGCAAGGACAAGUUGAAAGAACAUACGAACCGUAUGCAUUCAGCCGAACGAGAGCUGCGACUUGCUAUGAAACUUCAUCGCGCACCAACAGCCAAGAAGUUCAUGCCUAAGGUACAGGUUUCUCCAACAGAUUAUCAUCGUUUCAUCUACAAGUGUCAUACCUGUCUCUUGGGAUUUAAGCGCCGUGGAAUGCUUGUGAAUCACCUGGCAAAACGCCAUCCUGACAUCAGCCCUGAUUCUGUUCCUGAACUUAAUCUGCCAAUUCUGAAAACUACCCGAGACUAUUACUGUCAAUAUUGUGAAAAGAUUUAUAAGAGUAGUUCCAAAAGGAAGGCUCACAUCUUGAAAAAUCACCCUGGAGCAGAGUUGCCAAUGAGCAACAGACGGAAGGGAGGUGUUCCAGAGAUUCCAGGGGUGCCAAACCCAACAUUCUCUCAGACUGUGGGCAGUGUGACAACACAUCCACAUGGCUGCCUGUGGUGUCAUAAGCAGUAUGCAUCAAAGGCAAAAUUGCUCCAACACCAGCGCAAGAAGCAUGUUGACUUACUGCCUCAAAACCAACAGUCACCACGUGCCAUGAAAAAUCCCAACUCUCCAGGAGGACCAGAAGGUGGAAAAUUUUUGCCCGUGUCAGUAGCUCCAGCAUCCCCAACCUGUGAGGCACAGCAAGUGGUACAGUUGCAGAGCACAGCAGACAGUGUGGUCACUCCACAGACAAUCAGCAUUAUUCCAGCAGAAUAUCAGAUCACAGGAAGUGAAGGGGCCCUGCGAGAAUAUCAACACUCUGGAAUAAUAAUAGAUACAUCAACUUUAAAACGUCCACUAAAGAGCCUUGCUGAUGGAGUCUCAGCAGAACUCCUAACACAAGCCAUGACAGAACUGAGCCAGAUCAGUGAGUUCCGUGUAUCUGUCAGCGGGAGUACAACAUCUGGACACGAUCACUACUUCAAAAUUGUACAGACUUCUUCAGAUCCAGUCACUGUAACCCAGUCAGGACAGUCUGAAACCCAACCUGAUUCAUCAUCAACUGCAGAUACCCCUGGACAGGAUCAUCCAGAUCCCCUGUCACCUGCUUCUGCCCCUGCCCCCACUUCUACCUCUCACUUGCAACAUCUCCUCACUUCUGAUCAAUCUUACUCACUCCCUUCUUCUCCUGCUACAGCACUGUCUUCAUCAUCUCCUGGUCCCCGUGCCUGGACCCAAGCAAAUGCCAUCUACACUCCGUAUACAGCCCGCUGACACUAGCCAUUGCUUUCUGUAUCUUUGUGCACUGCUUUGGUUUCUGCCCCCUGAAACUCUGGAAGGAGUUGUAGGAGGGGUUUUAUGAAGCCUUGGUCAUAGCUCUUGAGAGUUGAAAACUCACUUGAGUGAAUCGUCUACUCUGUUGCAACAUUGAUUGUGCAGAGAUGGCGGAAGAUGUUAUUUUGUUGUCCAGGCUGAAACCUGACAACACAAGCAGGUGAGAGAUUAAGGAGAAUUGUUUGUGUAGUGCAUCGCAGAUCGGUGCAUCAAGUAUUGUUUUGUUUCAAGUCUGUGAGGUUUGCCUUGGGUAUAAGGGUUUGAAUAGGUUGGUGAUAUUACUUGUUUGACAGAGAAAGAAAGGUUUGCCAAAGGCAGUGGUUUUGGAAGUAAGAAGCUUCCAUUUGUCAGUUUUGUAUUAUUCCAGAGCCAAUGGAACUUAUUUUAUCUUGUAGAUCUGAUCUUGUAAGUGGCUGCCUUUAUUUUUUGAUGGAAUAUUGGUAAUACUGAUGUUAUUUUAUUGCACCAGAAGAACAGUUCAGUCUUAAAACGAUGUGUGAAUUGGUUUUAAGAAGCAAAGCUCUUUAUAUCAAAGAUCAGUAUUAUUGGUUCUGUGGGGAAAGGAUUUUUUUAACAGGACUUGUAAUCUUAGAAGAAAAUGUUUUUAAAAUGGAAAAAAAAUAAUGACUUUAUAUAUCUGCUUUUUGUCAGACUGCACAAAAUGUGAAUUCGUAAUUUAUUGAUGCAAAGAAAUUUAGCACUGCAGUUUCUGAAGUAUUUGUUAAAUGUAUAGUAAUUUAUUUAUUUGAACUUUUGGUAGAAGUCCUAUUUUAUUUUAAUUAUGUUAUGAAGAGAAGAAAGCAAAUAGAUACUGUUAUUAAACAUGUCCAGUAGGCAUAGUUUUGGAGUGUGAAUAGUAGUUGGAACAUUGAUAAAAUUGUUAUAUUUUGGGGAGUGACAUGUAGUUGAAUAAUAUUCUUGCUUGGCCACGUUGUAGAUUAAACAGGCAGCUGUAAUUUUUUUUCCUCAUUAUAAAUGAAAUAAUUUAUCCUCUAAUUAGAUAGGAGACUUUAAUUUCUAACAAGUUGAAAACUUGUUGUAGCAGUAACUCUUUCUAUUUGUUUGUUUUGUGGGUUGUGUAUUUUACUGUUAAGGAGCACUAGCUGCAGUUUUAUCAAACCAGUUCUGAAGCAUCCAAUCUUUGAGAAUGGUGCUCUUAUCCUCUGUUAUAGACAAAAUGUUUGUACCAGUGUAAUGUAACAUUUGAAAAGAAGAGCAGUUUUUGUUUUUACCUGUUAUAGACAAAAUGUAUGUGCCAGUGUAAUAUAAUCUUUGAAAGGAAGAGCAUUUUUUUAAUUGGCAGCAAACUUAAUUAACUUUGCCAUGUGACAUUUGUAGCACAAAUUUUUAUUUCUGACAAAGUCUUGAAUCUUUGUAUAGAGAUAUGUAGGCCAGUGGAGGAUCUAGUUUUAUUGUGCUAGUACUCUGGCAGUUUUGGGGUACCAUAUUUACUUGAAUAUUAGACAAUAUUUUAAUUCUGAAUUAGACAUUUAUAAGGAUUUUGAAAUGUCUGAUAUUUUUGGUAGUCUGUUAUUCGAGUAAAUGAAGUAUUGACUUGUUGCAUUAUUAGAAUUACUAGUAUCCUUCCAGUAGGCUGUGUUGUACUGAUGUGAGGAGUGGGGGUCAGCCAUUACUGUUCACUAAUAUGUCAUGUUGCUUUACUGUCAAAUGCUUUUGUGGUUGCAAGAUAUUGUCUGGUGGGGCAUUUCUUUACUUCUAAUUAAAUACUCUUUGCCUCUUUAUUUUUGCCCCCAGCUGUUUCAACUACAAAAUAUUGUAGGUUUGUCAAAUCAGAUGACAAAAUUUGUUACAAGUCCAGAAUGGAUCAAUAAGUAAUACUAACAUAUUUGUAUCUGCUGCACUGAUGUAGCCAUUUCAGACUGAAACUAUUAUGUACAGGUGUUUAAAUUAUCAUGCAAUAAAGUGAAAUAGUUGUUUUGAAAAUGAUCACUGUGUUUAAAUGUUUUGUAAUGUGAAUAAAUUUUUAUGGAUUGUUAUUAUGCUGGAAUGUAUUUAGUCUUUCAUAUGCACUGAUAAACCACUUCCCUCUGUAAAUUUUGUUUAUAAAUUUGCCAUAAACGUUUUAAGAAAUGCUAAAGGAGAAUGAAAGCACAUAUGCAUUUAUUACAAAAUCUAUAAGUAAGUACUAAAAGAAGUAAUUGUAAUUGAAGCUGAAAUUUAUUCAGCUAAAUACUUUCUGACAUUCUCAUAUAUGGUCUGUGAUCAGCUGGUCAAAGUGCUCUGAUUCUCCUGUUUCUUGCUUUCACAGAAUUUACCUUUACUGAUGGUUUUAAUAUAUGUUUAAAUAAUACUGAAAUAUUUGAAAAACUGUGUGUGAGUUUACAAUAGUAAUUUUCAGUGACUGUCCAACUCAACUAUUUUGUUGCCUUUUAUUAUUCAAUUGAAUUACCUAUGCAUGUUAAACAUGGCUGUAUGUUAGAGUACUUAAUUUUAUAUGGGAUAUUUGUGAAACACCGAUUAAUGUGAAUGUUGACAGGGAUUCAAGUAUUCCUUGCACACCUUUAUGACAUGACAGCAGGAGCAAAGCACCACAGACAGUUACUGGCAAACAGCCUCAUUCCUAGUACUGUCAUAUUUGUAAUAACUACUUUACUACUGUCAUAUAUAAAAAAAUAAAGCCUUAAUUAUGUUUUCUCGAGAUACUUCCAUCCAGUGUUCAAAAUUGAAAUUAAUAAAUUACAGUAUAAUAAGAGUAUAAAUAUGUAUAUUUUUCUUUGUCAAUUUAGGUAGGCAUGUUUAUGGUUGCAGAAAAAAAGUAUGGGACUUUGGUAUGGUUUGAAAUUGUUACGAAGUUACUCAUAAAUACAUCAAUUAGGAAGUUCUCAGUUAUAUAUUAAGAUAUUUGACUAUUUCUGUAGUAUUUGAAAUGACCAAUUUCUAAUUCAGAAGGACUGACAUGUAUGUAGGAAAUAAAGUAACAUUAUGGGUUUUGGUAAUGUUAUGUUGUACUGUCCCAUAUUGUUCCUUUUGGAGCACUGCUAUCCAUGUUUCUCUUUUUUGGUUUGCUCUACACAUUUUUAUCUUGGAAUUUAUUGCAUAACACUGAGGAUGGAAUUAACAAGUUGCAGUGGCAUAGUUCAGUUCUCUAAAUUAUUGUUACUUUCAGAAACAGGAACAUGCCCUGUUCUGAUGUCUCAUGACCAUAUGCCCUUGUUGUUGCUACCAGAAAACGAUGGUACGGGUACUGGGACAUUUUUUAUCAGUUCUGUGACUUUGUACAGAUCCUGUGUAAACUUCGCAUAAAGACAUAACAGCAUUCUUGAUACCAAGACACAGAAUUAGACAUUGUUUUGUCCCUUCUAUAACUGAUUGAAGGUUAUUGGAUUUUAACUAAUGUUAUCCUGUUACUUUUUUUCCAUUGGCCUAAUGGACAUUGUUAACUGCUAAUUAUGCCAUAGGGUUGAUAAAUGUAAGGGGCUUGAUGUUAUUUCUUUAAUGACUUCAUAGCCUAUACAUAUUUCAACCUGUUUGUGUAUUGCAUGAGACUGCAGUCAUUUCUGCUAAUAGUUUUUGGAUCCAGCAAAUUGUAUGUAAUCUUAUUUAAAAAUGAAUAUGCUCUGGAUGAAAUAAAAGCAAAUUUUAUUGGGAGUUCUUAAAAUUAAUUGCAUCUUCUAGGAAUGCAAUAACAUAAGAUGUGACAUAUCAUUACUCACCAGUUUUGUUCCCAGUGUAUUUGUAGAGUGGUUUAUUGAUCUUCAUUUCUGUGGAUUUAAAAUUUGAAUGGACUGAAAUUAUUGUCUUUCGCUUUGCAGUGGCACCACUUGUGUCCAGUAUUCGCCGAAGCUUCAGUCGUUAAUUAGCUCUAAAUAUGUAGUGAAUGGAAUCUGUAUUAUUUUCAUCAAAUGACAAAAAUUUAGAUCUAAUACUUGGAGCUUUGACUUUCUCAGUUGUGUGGAUUUCUAAUGGUAUUAUAGAAUUGUUGACAGAAAUGAUUGUAAACUUCAUUUUAUCCAUGUCCUAAUUUUUUGUCAACUUGAAGUUUAUUACAUCUCACUCUCAGAAUGUAUUAAUGUUGUUUUAAAAAUGUAAUCUUUACUCAAAAUUACCUUUUUCUCUUAAUUUAUUUACAGUACAUAUUAGAAUUAGAUAAUGAGUGUCAUGUUUAUUAUAAUUUGCUGUUUCAUUAGUCCUUAAAUAAUGGUUUUGGUUUUAAAAGUAACUGUAUAUCUAAAUAUUCUGCUAUGUUUGUCACUAUCACUAAAAUGUUCAUGUUCUUCCAUUGGUAAUCCCACAGAAGUAACAAAUUAAAUUACUAAUUGUCUCAGCA